GAGCGCGGCGGGGUCGCUCGGGCCCGGGCGGCGGCGGCGGCGGCGGCGGAGCGGGGCGGGGGGAGCCCGGCCGGGCCGUGAGGGCGCGGCGGAGCCCGGCGGCGGCGGCGGAGCGGCCUGGGGGCUCCCCCCGGCGUGCGCGGGCCGAGCGGGCCGGGCCGGCGGCCGCGGCGGGGCUAUGAUGCGCCCGCUGCGGGGCUCCGCACCCCCGUGUGUCCCCCAGGCAGGUCCGGCCCGCGGCUGAGAACCCCCCACCGGCGGUAUGGCCUCACAGCUGCAGGUGUUCUCCCCUCCGUCAGUAUCCUCGAGUGCCUUCUGCAGUGCCAAGAAACUGAAAGUGGAGCCCUCUGUCUGGGAUGUUUCAGGACAGAGCAGUAGUGACAAAUAUUAUACCCACAGCAAAAACCUCCCAGCAGCUCAAGGACAAGCAAGCUCCUCUCAUCAGGUAGCCAAUUUCAGCAUCCCUGCUUACGAUCAGAACCUCCUUCUCCCUGCUCCUUCAGUUGAGCACAUUGUGGUUACAGCAGCCGACAGCACAGGCAGCAGUGCAACAGCGUCCUUCCAGAACAGCCAAACCCUAACACACAGGAGCAACGUUUCUUUACUGGAACCAUACCAAAAAUGUGGAUUAAAAAGGAAAAGUGAAGAGGUCGACAGCAACGGUAGUGUGCAGAUAAUUGAGGAACAUCCACCUCUCAUGCUGCAAAACAGACCUGCGGUGGGUGCUGCGGCCACAACCACCACGGUAACUACUAAAAGCAGUAGUUCCAGUGGUGAAGGGGAUUAUCAGCUGGUCCAGCAUGAGAUCCUGUGCUCUAUGACAAACAGCUAUGAGGUCUUGGAAUUCCUGGGCCGAGGGACGUUUGGUCAGGUGGCAAAAUGCUGGAAACGUAGCACGAAGGAGAUUGUAGCCAUCAAAAUCCUGAAGAACCAUCCUUCCUAUGCUAGGCAGGGCCAGAUAGAGGUGAGCAUCCUCUCUCGCUUGAGCAGCGAGAAUGCUGAUGAGUAUAACUUUGUUCGCUCCUAUGAGUGCUUUCAACACAAGAAUCAUACAUGCCUUGUAUUUGAGAUGCUAGAACAGAACUUAUAUGAUUUCUUAAAGCAAAAUAAGUUCAGUCCGUUGCCCCUGAAAUACAUCCGACCAAUUCUGCAGCAAGUGGCUACUGCCUUGAUGAAGUUAAAGAGUUUGGGUCUGAUACAUGCUGAUUUGAAACCAGAGAACAUCAUGUUGGUGGAUCCUGCACGCCAGCCCUACAGAGUGAAGGUGAUAGACUUUGGUUCAGCCAGCCACGUGUCUAAAGCAGUGUGCUCCACUUAUUUGCAGUCGCGCUAUUACAGAGCUCCUGAAAUCAUACUGGGUUUACCGUUCUGUGAAGCUAUUGACAUGUGGUCACUGGGCUGUGUGAUAGCUGAGCUGUUUCUAGGCUGGCCUCUGUAUCCAGGAGCAUCUGAGUAUGAUCAGAUUCGUUAUAUUUCACAAACUCAAGGCCUUCCAGCGGAGUAUCUUCUCAGUGCGGGAACGAAAACAAGCAGGUUUUUUAACAGAGAUCCAAAUUUGGGAUACCCACUGUGGAGGCUAAAGACCCCAGAAGAACAUGAGUUGGAGACAGGAAUAAAAUCAAAAGAAGCUCGGAAAUACAUAUUCAACUGUUUAGAUGAUAUGGCGCAGGUGAAUAUGUCUACAGACUUGGAAGGGACUGACAUGUUGGCAGAGAAGGCUGACCGAAGGGAAUAUAUUGAUUUGUUGAAGAAAAUGUUGACAAUUGAUGCAGAUAAGAGAAUUACUCCACUGAAGACUUUGAACCAUCCAUUUGUUACAAUGACACAUCUACUGGAUUUCCCACACAGUAAUCAUGUGAAAUCUUGCUUUCAGAAUAUGGAGAUCUGCAAGCGAAGAGUUAAUAUGUAUGAUACAGUGAAUCAGAUUAAGAGCCCAUUCACGACUCAUGUUGCUCCUAAUACAAGCACAAAUCUGACAAUGAGCUUCAACAACCAGCUCAAUACAGUACACAAUCAGGCCAGUGUACUGGCUUCCAAUUCUACUGCUGCUGCUACUCUUUCCCUGGCAAACUCGGACGUCUCACUGCUAAACUAUCAGUCAGCUCUGUAUCCAUCAUCUGCAGCACCAGUUGCAGGAGUGGCACAACAGAGUGUUUCCUUGCAACCUGGAACCACCCAGAUCUGCACACAGACUGACCCAUUCCAGCAAACCUUCAUUGUUUGUCCCCCUGCUUUUCAAACUGGACUUCAGGCAACUACAAAGCAUUCUGGGUUCCCAGUAAGGAUGGAGAAUGCUGUCCCAAUUGUACCACAAGCACCUGCAGCACAGCCACUGCAGAUCCAGUCUGGAGUUCUCACACAGGGAAGCUGUACACCACUAAUGGUAGCAACUCUUCAUCCUCAAGUAGCCACCAUCACGCCGCAGUAUGCGGUCCCCUUUACUCUGAACUGCGCAGCCGGCCGGCCAGCGCUAGUAGAACAGACGGCUGCAGUACUGCAGGCCUGGCCUGGGGGAACCCAGCAGAUACUGCUUCCUUCCACCUGGCAGCAGCUCCCAGGGGUUGCUUUGCACAACUCUGUUCAGCCAGCGGCUGUGAUUCCAGAGACGAUCAGUGGCAGCCAGCAAUUAGCUGACUGGAGGAAUGCACAUUCCCAUGGAAAUCAGUAUAGCACUCUCAUGCAACAGCCAUCACUACUGACCAACCAUGUGACAUUAGCUACAGCGCAGCCUCUGAAUGUCGGAGUUGCUCAUGUUGUUAGGCAGCAGCAAAGCAGCAAUGUUCCAGCAAAGAAGAACAAGCAGCCAGCACCAAGCGCAGCCAAGCCCAGCUCAACUCUAGAGGCUGUGCCCUCCCAAGUUUACUCGCUCAUUGGGAGCAGUCCUCUGCGCUCCACCUCCUCCUCUUCCAACGUGCUUGUCCCAGUGCAGGAGCAGCACCAGCCCAUUGUGAUCCCAGACACUCCAAGCCCACCUGUCAGUGUCAUCACCAUUCGCAGUGACACUGAUGAGGAAGAGGAUAGCAAAUACAAACCUGCCAGUUUGGGUAUGAAGCAGAGAUCCAAUGUCAUCAGCUACGUUACUGUUAAUGACUCCCCUGAUUCCGACUCCUCCCUGAACAGCCCCUAUGCCACAGACCCACUUUCCUCUCUCAGGAGUACAGGCGGUGCCAUGGAGCUGCCGAGUAGAGGAGCGGCUGACAGCUCCAGCUCUCGGACUAUCAUUGUGCCGCCAUUGAAAACACAGCUCAAUGACUGCAUUGUAGCUACCCAAGCUUCAGGCAUCCUGAGCAGCACCAGUAAGACCAAGCCAGUGGCCUCUGUGAGUGGGCAGUCGUCAGGAUGCUGUAUAACACCUACUGGGUACCGCUCACAUCGUGUGGUAACAAAUGGUGUGCAGCCCCUCAAUCUCAGCCAGAACCAGCAAGCAACAGUGCUGGCCUCACAGGAGAGAAGUGGAAAUGCUGUCCCACGUAGGCAGCAAGCUUAUGUGGCACCCCUCACGUCAACUAUUUCUCAGGCUCCCUACACGUUUCAGCACAGCAGCCCAGUGCAUCCCCACCUGGCAGCAGCAACAGCAAAUGCACACCUCUCCAGCCAGCCACAUAUGUACACUUAUGCUCCAACCACUGCUGCAACACUGGGCUCCACCACGUCCAUCGCCCACCUUUUCUCCCCUCAGGGCUCUUCGCGGCACACCACGUAUGCUGCCCACCCUAGCACACUUGUCCACCAGGUCCCUGUGAGUGUCGGUCCAAGUCUGCUGACUUCUGCAAAUGUUCCGCCUGCCCAGUACCAACACCAGUUUGCUCCCCAGUCCUAUAUUGGUGCUUCCAGAGGGUCUGCUAUUUACACUGGAUAUCCGCUGAGCCCUACAAAGAUCAACCAGUACUCAUACUUGUAGUUCCUAGUAAAGCACUGUCCUGCAAUAGGCCUGAGAGAUUGGAGAAGGAUUUCAGGUGAACCUUUACCUGGUAAUGACUGCCUGGUUUUUGUUUCUCCCUGAUCUGGUUGUAUGUUGUUCAAAAAUGUCUCUAGUGAGUUCAGUCACUAACUGAGCAGCAUGCUUUGUUACCAGUAUGAGGGUCACUAAUUAAGUUUUUAAAAUUUUACUUACUUUUUAUAGAUGCUUUUAAAAAGUUCAUGGUCACAUUUAUUUAAAAAUGUUCUGUUGUGCUAAUCAAAAGGGGAAAGAAAAUCAGUGUCUUGGAAGACAGAUCCUGAUGACUUUUUUAACUUGUAUAACUUAAACAAAAAGACUAGCAGAUUAUAUUUUAGCAGCUUGCACAAAUCCAUGUUGCCACUAAAAAUGUAAUGCACGUUUAUCUCAUUAUGUUGCUGGGGCAGUUUUAAAAUCAAGUUUAAUAUUUUAACAUUUGUUCUCUAAUUCACUUUGUCUCUAACAAAUUGCUGGUUCUGCAAAAGCCAUUACAUCUCCAUAUAGGUUACUGUCAAAGUUUUUUGUUUACUUCUCUGCUUUGUUUAAGGACUGGUAGAGGCAGCUGCCUCAUACUAGCAACAUUAUAUAUUCAGGAGUCCGUGUAAACCCUGAAAUCUGUUUUGUUUUCUUGAAAAUUCUGUGUCUCCAUAAUGCAGCUGAAUUUUUAUUGCAUUCAUUGCAGAAUUCUUCUAAGUUUUUCAAACUGUAUUCAAGAUCUCACUGUGUAACCAAACUCAGCAGCUUCAUCAGGAUGCUGUAGUCUCCAGUUGAGAAUGAAUAGUGCAGCACUGCUCUAAAAUUUGGUUUCUGCAACUUACUAGAUGCUGGCCCUAUAACGGAGCUGGAUUCCUUCACAGAAGCACAGGGCUUUUCUUUGUUCUGUUUUUCUUACUGUUUUUCCUCACAUGAUUCAUUUAGGAGGGAGUUGAAUUUGAAAUACAAUGAAACAUCACUGUAUUGAUGUGUACAGCUUUUUAUACUCCUGUGAGCGUAUCCUCCUGGAUAUGUCAACAGCUACUUUAAAGCGCUCUUAUUAAGACUUGUAUACAGUACAUGCAUGUAGGAAUCAGAAAAAAAAAAAAAAGAGAAAGAAAAAGAAAAAAGAAAAAAAAUCCAGAUUUUAAAGUUUAUUACUGAAUUUAAAACUAUUUUAGAAGUUUUGUAUUGGUGGUGUUUUAAUAUUUUACAUAAAAUGAAAUAUGUACAUAUUGAUUAGAAAAAUAUAACAAGCAAAACUUCCUGCUAACCCCAAAUGUUCUGUCUUUGUAAUCAAAAUGUGUAGUGGUUAUACUUGAACUCUGUACUUAGUGUUUGUCUAAUUCUUAAACGUUCCUGGGGAUGGAAUUGAUGUAUCCUUUGUAUUUAAACCAAAAUGAAUUGAUUCAUGUUGGAAUGUAUGUGAUAUAAUGCAAUGGUUAGAGCUCAUCACUGUAGCACUGAGAGAGGAGUAGAGCUUCAUGAGAGAAAAGGAUACCUUCUGAUUUGUUUUGCACAGGUAUGUGUGAUGAAGAGUUGUUUGGUGUGUCCCCUUAUUGUAGUGCCUUAAAUGAUGAUGUAGUGUGACUAGAGUUUACAGUGAGCUUGCCUUAUGAGGGACCAGCAAGCCCCCGUCGAAUUGAAGCAAUUCACUAAGCUUAUCACAGCAAGAACAGCAGUAUGUUGCAUAGGUGCAUUGUUCUCAGUUUUAAUGCUAUCAUAAAAAGCUACAUUUUUGUUUGGAGUGAAGCGAUGUUUCCUUAAAGCUUUUCCUUGAAAUGGCACAUGUACUGUUAGAUGUCUGUCAGUGCAUUUCGAAUAAGGUAGUGCUGGGAAUGCAUUGGAAUGUUUAGUCUAAUAUUGCGGAAGUGAUUAAAUAAUGUGCAAUCACUUUUUAUUAGAUUAGUAUGGCGUUACCUUCCCCCACGUUAAUAGCAGACAUUUCUUGUAAAGUAUUGCUAGCUUGGUGAUAGAAUAUUUAUACCAAAGAGAGCCUGCUGUAAAGCACAUAAUACCAUUAAAAAAGUUUUAUAAUGCUACUGCUAAUGUGGAGCUGUUGGGAAGGUUUGUCAGCUGUAGCCCUAGUUAGUGUUCAGAGGAAAUACUCAUUUUGGAUAAUCAGUGCAGUUUUUAAACUACACUUUGUUUUCUUGGGUCCGUUGUACUAGGAAUUAUUUCUCAUCUUCAGUAUGUAGAUUAAGUAUCUUGUCCAAAUGGAUGAUAAACUGGCUUGAGCGGUCAUAUUACUGCAGCAAUAAGAGGUUUUGGUAACCUUGAAUCCCAGUUUAUGUUCCGUCCCAGUGGAAAAGAGGCCAGUUCUCUGACCGGUAUGUGACAAGAAGUGCAAAAGUAAUUUCUGAAAUUCCACAUUAUUGAUAGAAGAAAGUCUGGACUGACCUGAAGUUGAUGAACUGUUUAAGGUUUGGCAUCUCUUUCAAUAGAGGGAUCAAGGACUUUGGAACUGGACGGUAGCAUUAGCGACGUUGUUGUUCAGUGUAUUUUUAGUCAGAGCACUUCUGUAAGUGUGCGGAUAACCAACCGAUCUUGCUAUGCCACAUCAUUGGUGUAAACGAUGCUAUUUGUUGCUGUAGGCACUUUCUUACUUUUUUCCAUAUUACAUUGCUUGUAUUCAGUACUUGCCUUGAGAUACCUCUUGGGUACAGAGUUGUGCCUUUCCACCGAAAGGCAAAACAAGCUCCAAUUCCUGUGUUUCAGGAAAACGUUACUCCCUGUUUCACAAGCAGUAAAGCGUUUUCCGUGAAGUCCUAGCAGGAAAAAAAGACCUCUAGCAAAAUCUGCUAAUAAUUUUGAGAAGAACUUGCCUGCUUCCCCCCUGAAAAGGCAGAUUAAAAUGACCAUAUAUCUUCAGAGUCCCUAUUACAUAAUUAAACCCCAUCAAAUGUAUUCACAAAGCAUGGUGUCAUGUCUUCCACUGUCCAAGUUUCCAAAAGUAUUGGAACAAGGAGGACAAGAUGGAAAUGACAUAGGUAAAAUGAAAAGUACUCCAUUUAAAACAAGUUGUCGAUUACCCUGAAAUUCCUCUGUGAUACACAGCAUAAACCAAGCAAACAAAAAACCCCACCCCAGCAGGGCCAGAUUUUCAUCUUGGUGCUGGCUUCACAAGUGCGUCGGAUCCCAGCCUGGCCCCCGUAUGUACUGCCCAAUUUAAGUGUAUUGUAGUCUGCUCUAAGGAGAUACAUCCCUUCUUCCCUUGCAUAUCCAGCUUCAAAUUAGGUUAAAGAAUUGACUCUCCUCAUUGUCAGAGCCGCUACACAUAUUUUGUAAUGUGCUAUCUCUGGAUAGAAAUUGGGAGUCCUUUAACUUUUUUAAAACUAGUUUGGGAUUCACCUUUUUAAUAUUUGAUAACCGUGGUCCCAUCUAGACUUGUCUGUGUGGUUCUUGAACUGUUAAAUCAGUAGUUCCUAUUACCUGACCUGUAUUCGCAGCUGUGAUAGCCACUGCAGAGGCAACUUCUGAGGCUUUCCUGCUUAGCACCUAGUUGAUGGGAUGCAGUAAUUUACCUCUGACUCGGCAAUUUCUUUUAGUACAUGAAACUAAAUUGCUUCUAAAUGACAGGAUUGGCACAGCCCUGCUUUCUUUUUUAUUUAAACUUCUGAAUGGUGCCGCAUGUCCACAUGGUUGUUUGUUGCUAAACUUUAUAUAAUGUGUGAUUUCAGAUUCAGCUUGAAAUAUAUCUAUCUCACUACAUGUAGCAGUACAUUAUAUGUAAUGUUAGUAUUUCUGCUUGAAUCCUUGAUAUUGCAAUGGAAUUCCUACUUUAUUAAAUGUAUUUGAUAUGCUAGUUACUGUGUAAAAUUUAACUUUCUUUUAUGGUUGUGCUCUUCCUUUUUACAAGCCGCUAGAUACAGGUAGUUUCUGACAAUUACUGAUCUAUGUUUGUAUUGCUGAUGUACUUAGGGGGUAUGUAAAAAUCAUUUUAACAAAAGAAAUAGAUAUUUAAAAAUUUAAUACUAACUAUAUGGGAAAAGGGUCCAUUGUGAAAACAUAGUUUAUCUUUGGAUUCAAUGUUUGUCUUUGGUUUUACAAAGUAGCUUGUAUUUUAAGUAUUUUCUACAUAAUAUGGUAAAAAUGUAGAACAAUUGCAAUGCAUCAAUAAAAAGGGUUAAUUUUCUGUACUCUA